UACUUUAUAGGAAUACCUAAAAGUGAGACAAGAGGAAAUAGAAAGCACACCACACCACAGCUGUGUUGGUGGUAGUGGUGGUGGAGGCGGAGAGGCGUUGGAGAAGCUGCUCUGGAGAAGUGAGGCCUGAGAGCUGAGCAGGAGUGAACUGGACACUCACUCCAUUGCAGCAGGAGUGCUCCAGGAAUUCAAACUACAACGGCAGCUCAAUCCCACAGUAUGAGUUUCAACUUCAGUGAACCCAGAACCAGCCACGGGCUUGGAAACCAAGGCCCCGGAGAUUCGCAACUGAGACUUGUCUUACUGGGUAAGACUGGAGCAGGAAAAAGUGCAACAGGAAACAGUAUCCUUGGAGAGAAAGUGUUUCAUUCCAGCAUUGCAGCAAAAUCGGUCACCAAGCACUGUAAGAAAGGGAGAAGCACAUGGAAUGGGAUAGAGAUUGUCGUCGUGGACACGCCUGGCAUUUUCGACACUGAGAUAACGGAUGCCGAAACCCGUGAGGAGAUAGCUCGCUGUACCCUCCUGAGCUCCCCAGGGCCUCACGCUUUGCUCCUGGUGCUCCCAGUGGGCCGUUACACACUGGAAGAGCACAAGGCCGUAGGGAGGAUGCUGGCCAUGUUUGGAAGCAGAGCUAAGAAAUACAUGAUCCUCUUAUUCACCCGGAAAGAUGACUUGGAUGGCACGGAUUUCUGUGAUUACUUAAAGGACUCUGCCAAAGGCAUUCAAGAGCUGGUAGACCAGUUUAGUAAUCGCUACUGUGUGUUCAACAAUAAGGCGACAGGCGCUGAGCUGGUGGCCCAGAGGGAAGAGCUGCUGGCCCUGGUCCAGCGCGUGGUAAGGGAGAAUGAGGGAGGAUACUACAGUAAUCAGAAGUUCCAAAAGGCUGAGGAGGAGAUUCAGAAACAGAUCCAAGUGAGGCUAGAAUAUUACACACAAGAGCUGGAGAGAGAGAAAAGGCAGAUAAUAUAUGAGUAUCAAGAGGAAAUCAAAAAGCUGAAGGAUGACCUGGAGCGGGAAAAGAGACAGGCACAAAUGGAGAGGGAAUUGUUAGAAAGAGAAAAGCAACAUAUUUUAAGGCAACAAAAUGUCAGAAAUGAAGUUGAGAUGCAGAGUGGAGCAAUUGAAUUCAUCUUGACAGCAAUGAAGAUUGCUUACAAUCUUUUCACGUCUCUGUUUGAUGACGAUUAAGCUUAAUGAAAAUCUGUCUAUGCUUCCUGUGUAUGUUCAGGUGCCCCUGCCCCAUAUAACAACGCAUUCACCAAAGCCAGAGCUCUCUGUGUCUGUCUCUUGGGCUCCCGGGACUAGGGAGUGUAGUCAAAUUCACUGUUAGAAAUUGGUAGACGUUUGAUUGUUUUAACAAGGUGGGAGACAAAUUCUCAAUUUGUAAAAAACUCCAAAGUAGAAAGUAUGGAUGCUCCCUGUCGUCUGAAUUCUUUCUCAGAAAUACAGAGGAAAGGAAUGCAGGAGAACAACAGAACAUGACCCCAAGCUUUCUCUGUUUAUCCCUAGUACAAGUUUCUCCUCUAGAUUCUUUCCAGAUUGGCAGAUAAUCACUGUCUGUGGCUUCUACUCUCUUGUUUUUAGGACCGCAGUGAUCAUUUUACCCAUAUGGUUUGUUAGAAAAAUCAAUUCUUUGCAUUAGGUAAUCUAUAGAUACAGAUGCUUGUAGAAUUCUUUCUAGAUGAACAUAAAUUUGUUUAAUUACAUUCUUACAGAAGGACUCAAAUUGUUCCUUCUCAUCUGCCCCCUCACUAAAGAACAAAGAGUUGUCUGGAAAACAGAUCUCUCAGAACUCAACUAAAGUGAAAUGCCAGAAAGAGCAAACGUCAGAGAUUCAACAGAUAGAAGAACAAUGUUUGAUAUAUUCAGAUGUAGCUGUAGAAAGUCUUUGACCAACCUCAAUGUCACCAAUUUGCUAAAUGACCAGUUCGCUCCUUUUCUUGUGAAAUUAACUGUUGCCACCCCACCUCCUUCACCCCACAUCUUGACUGCUGCUACCACCCACUUGAAUUGUUUGCUGACUGUUACGAUAAUAAAACUUUUCUGUUUUCUCA